AUGCCUCUCUCGGAUAAUCAGGGUAUCCAUCCACCAGGAUUCAAAUUCUCAUAUCAUCCUCACUCUGCAUACGACUAUGGCCGACUACCAAACAUUUUGGAGGAGAUGAAUGCCGAUAAGUAUGCUUCAAAACGCACGCACAAUGUUUUUUGGCCGUUUUCAUCACAGAAGGAAUGGGAGCUGGCGAAAUUCUUGAUGGAAACACUCAAUCAGUCGCAGAUUGAUAAGUUCUUGAAACUUGCUUGGACCAAGGAUCCAUCAAAAUUGAGCUUCAGCUCUGCCUACCGUUUAACUUCGUUUAUAGAAGUACUGCCGACCGGACCUGUAUGGAAAAUGGAGGAAAUACAAGCUGAAAACUACAAGACAGCUAAGCCAAUGAUAUUGCUCUACAGGGACGGCCUGGAGGUUGUUAAGUCGCUGUUUGGGAACCCCGUUUUUGCCAGGCAUAUGAUGCUGGACCCCAAACGAGUAUGUGAUAGCCAGGGAGAACGCGAGUAUGGUGAGUGGAUGACAGGUGAUUAUGCAUGGGCUAUUCAGGAUCAACUUCCUCAAGGUUCCACUAUUGUAGGAAUUGUCGGUGCAUCCGACAAGACAACAGUUACUCGGGGAACAGGCGGCAUAGACAUGCACCCCACUUUCCUCACGCUAGCAAAUAUAGCUUCGGACGUGCAUAUGAAGGCAACGUCGCACUCUUGGCUAUGUACUGCUUUCCUCCCCGUUCCAACGUUUCUGGACUGUCGAACGGAAUAUCAAAGUGUUCUCUCUGAUCGUGUUUGGCACACGUGUAUGGAUAUCAUUAUGAAGAACCUCAAAGCAUCAGCUGCAACUGGUGUUUGGAUGUCCGAUCCUAAUGAUGCGAAGGUUAAGGGUCUAAGUGGAGUUCAUCAGCCGUUUUGGAGGGACUGGUCUCUAGCUGAUCCUAACAAGUUUCUCGUUCCCGAACUUUUGCACACUUGUCACAAAUUUUUCUUUGAUCAUGUGCUACUGUGGUGCAAAGAAGCAAUUGGAAAGGAUGAGUUAGAUGCGCGCUACAGGAGUUUACACUCACGAGUGGGAUUCAAACAUUUCGGGAGCGGUAUCUCGCACGUCAAACAAAUGACAGGUCGCGAACAUCGCGAAAUCCAGAGGACGAUCGUUGCGACGGCCGCUGGCGCUGUAGCCCCCAAAUUUCUACGAGCCGUCCGAGCACUUGUCGACUUCAUAUAUCAAGCUCAGUCUCCCAUUCAUACUCCAUCAUCUAUCACAGCCAUGGUCACCUCUCUAUCCGAAUUUCACGAUCAUAAGCAAGCGAUAUUGGACGCCGAGGCUCGUCGGGGCGCUUCUUCAACCAUCGACCACUUCAACAUCCCAAAGCUUGAGCUUUUACAGCACUUCGCUCGAGCCAUUCGGAAUAUGGGGGCCAUCAUGCAGUUCACAGCCGACGUGACCGAGCGCCUUUUAAUCACUCAUUGCAAACAUCCGUUUAGCGGUACGAAUGGCCGGCUCUUCUUCGAGAUACAGUGUGUUCGUAUUCUUGACCGUUUGGAAAAGGCAAGGAUGUUUCAUUUGUACGCAGUCUUGCGACACCGAAAAGCUUCUCUAAUAAAUUAUCUCGUGGCCGAGGAAAGCUCUCUUUUAGCUGAAGUAGAUCCCGAAUCAAGCUGGUUGUCCCAUACUCUACCCGAAGAAAAACGCGUCUUUAGUAUUCGGCCCAUGCGGAAUCAUUUCUUGAAGGGUAUCAGGUCUGUCGACGCGAAGACAGCAUUUCAUCUCACAAAGGAACCAGACAUGAAAUCUGUCUCGAUCAAGGAUGCCGCUGAGCAUUUCGCAUUGGACGAUCUACCAGGAGCCCUAGCCUACUACGCUCGAGGUUUGCGGCCUGGAGAUGGGUUUUCAGGACCGGACGACUACAACUUGCCAUUCACACACAUCCGAGUGUGGUACAAAUGCAAAAUACAGUUACAUUCGAUGUUCCGUUCGUAUCUCGUGAUGCCUGCGCAAACCAUUCAAGCCUACCCCCCCCUACCCAAGAUGCCGCUCGGAAAUUGCGAUACUGUGAGAUUGAGUGGCUUUGAUGGGCGUAGCUUCGCUUCUGCUCCUAUCCUACAAGUUCGAAUUAUAUUCCAGGCGAUUGCGCCGAAGAAGACCGUCCUUGAUCAGCACCUUUCGCCCGUCCUUGUAUACGCGCAAAAUUUUGGGUUUUCCGGGGGACGGAGGGAUUCGAAUGGUAGCGUUGCAGUUGAAGAAGAUGUUGAUAUGUACGUCGUCGAGCGGCUCUUUCACAACAGGAUCACAGCCAGCGGAGAAAGGCUUCGUAUGGGCAGUAUUUACCCAUUGAAUACGAUACAUUUACCCGUAGAUCUCAUACCGGUUUUUGGCGCCGUCAUGGAUCGAAACAUCACUGCCAGCAACUCUCUCGAGAUUCCCACUAUGUUCUACGUCAAUAAUUUUUCAGACAAGGAAACUUAUAAUACGUUUUUGACUGAAUUCACCGAAUGA